AUGAGUGCGAUGUGGCAUACCCCUUUGGCAUUUCUGGCUGCCAAGUUAGCGUUUGAGAUCCCCUUACCUGAGGUGAAGAAUUAUAUAUCCAAAAAGACCACAGCCUGCUCUGAGCCCGGUUUAGACAACAUCGUCACCAAGAUCCCCCCCGUGUGGGACCUGGACCGCUUUCAAGGCAUGUCAAGUGAACCGGGCAGUGCGAUGAAGAGUGUUGAAGAGGUGAUGGAUAUCAGUCACUCAUUCACUUGCUGCGACGGCAACGUUGGCAUGCAGAACACCCUGAGGAUGUGCCAUCCAUCAGUGGAUGUAUUUGUGCCACGACUGCCUCUGGAAAAAAAGCUUGGACAAACACCUCACAAUUUGCAACAUGAGCUUUGAUUUAGCCUCAAUAAUUCAACCAUGGCGUCAAAUUGGAUAAAACAUGAUUAAGUCGCAUUAAGAUGCACAUCAUGACUUUUUUCAAUUCUCCAGUCCACCAUGUAUUAUUUGGAGCAUUACUUGAACAAGUAAUGAAUUUUAAGAUUCUAUUGAAGGAAAUGUGUUGGAUUUCUGCCCUUGCAAGAAGGAGAAUGAAUGAUGAAGUUGAUUAUGAUGAAUUAUAAAUGUCUCGCUGCUUCUGUUUCAUCUUUCUCCCCUUAAAGCCCUUCGUAGCGGUAUGAGUGUAGAUCUGAUCCAUCAGUUGACAGCCAUUGACAUUGACGUGCUUCCUGCAGCAACUCCAAAAGAUGGAGCAGCACCUUGUGAAUUACAAAAAGCUAACACAAAUUACCUGUAAAGUGUUUUAAGGCUUGAAAAUUGACCAAAUAUUUAGAAUCAUACUACACGUUUGGGUUUUCUAUUUUUGUUGGGGUUAUAAUAGAUGUUCUGCCUUCCAGCAUCGACAUGAAGAAUGCUUCUCAGAGUCCACUGUGAACUUAUUCCAACAUGGAUUUCCUUCUCUCACUCUUACUGUUUAAUAAUGGAUGUCUGGUUGUUGUACGGGCAGCCUUCCAUGUGUCAGCUUCUUGUAGUCUGCAUCGCCUUUGGGGUGGAAGCGAUUGAGAUGGACACAUUAUAGUGGGCUGCUGGCAGAUGGACGCCCAUCAGAGGCCCCCUUGGUCCACAGUAUCAUUAUCAUUAAAGAGAAAUAUUUUGACAAUAUAGGCAAGUUAUAGGACGAUGCCUGCCUGAAGCAUAUGUGUGAUUCAUAUAAAUUCAAAUUUACUUUCAUGAAACAUCAUCAUGCCAAGUUUAUGUCUUCAUCCUCUUGUGUAAUUUGUUGUGUUGAAGCCAGUUUACAGGGAAUAAGGCAAAUGAAGAUUAUUACCGGUACUUAUAUGUUUUCCUUUACUGGUGUCAGGUUUUUUUUUUUUGGCAUCCAGUGAAUGCUGUGAUUGAAGUGGAGUGUGAUUAAAGAUUUGUGUGUUCA